UCCGUCGGAACGUCCGCCGGGGCCCGGUCCUUCGUUUGGGAGGUUGAAUUUCGGGAAAGCCUUCUUCUCGAGGGAAAUGAGAAUAGAGCCCCUCUAACGGCAACUCCAGCGAUUCUUCUCGGCUUACCGAACAGUUUCAUUUUUCCCUCAUGUCGAUCCGUCUUAACCCUCAAAUCUCCUAAAAAGCGCUCUCGCUGUCGUCAAUGACGGGAGGGGAAAGUCUUCUUGCUCAUCUGCAACAAACCCUAAAUUCCGAUCCUGAGAACCCUUCCAACCACUUCAAUCUUGGCAUCUACUUGUGGAAAAAGGGUGACGAGGUCAGCGGGGACGAGUCCAAGGGUUUCAAAUCUAGGGCCGCAGAGCAUUUUCUGGCUUCUGCGAGACUAAAUCCCGGCGACAAUGCCGCUUUUCGGUUGCUAGGACAUUAUUACAGCACAGUCGUUCUAGAUAUUCAGAGGGCGUCCAAAUGUUACCAAAGGGCGCUUUCCCUCAGCCCAGAUGACUUCGAGGCUGGUGAUGCAUUCUGUAAUUUAUUGGAUGUAGAUGGGAAGGAGAGCCUUGAGAUUGCCGUAUGCAAGGAGGCAUCAGAGAAGUCUCCAAGAGCGUUUUGGGCGCUUAGGAGGCUAGGAUACUUGCAGAUCCACCUUAAUAAAUGGGAGGAGGCAGUGCAGAACCUGCAGCAUGCAAUCCGAGGAUAUCCAGCAUGUGCUGAUCUGUGGGAGGCACUGGGUCUUGCAUACCAUCGGUUGGGCAGGCUCACUGCAGCAAUAAAAUCAUAUGGUCGUGCAAUUGAACUGGAGGAUUCCAAACUAUUUUCAUUAAUUGAGAGUGGCAACAUUCUUCUAAUGCUUGGAUCAUUCCGAAAGGGAAUUGAACUGUUUCGGCAGGCAUUAGACGUUUCACCUCAUAAUGUUUCAGCACAUUUUGGGCUUGCUUCUGGUCUUCUUGGUCUAUCAAAGGAAUGUGCUAGUAUUGGAGCAUAUGAAUGGGGCGCUUCUCUUUUGAUGGAAGCUUCAGAAAUUACUAGAGCUUGUUCUCAUCUUUCAGGCAAUUUUUCUUCAGUCUGGAAGCUGCAUGGGGACAUCCAGAUUGCUUAUGCAAAAUGCUUACCAUGGGAGUGCAAGAUUACUAAUAACCACAAUGAUGAGGAGGCUUGCAAAGAAAGCAUCAAUGACUGGAAAAAUAGAUGCCUUUCAGCUGCAAAAAAUGCAAGGCUCUUGUAUCAACGAGCUUUGCAUUUGACCCCAUGGCUGUCCAAUUUAUAUGCUGAUAUUGCAAUCACGCUGGAUCUCAUUUAUGCUUUGGAUGAGAGAGAUAAAUCAGAGCAUGAUACUCAUCAGUUACCCGAGAGGAUGUCUUUGGGAAGCUUAGUUUUUGAGGGAGUUAAUUGUGAGUUUUGGGUUAUACUGGCCUGUGUAACAAAUGAUUAUGCCCUUAAGCAGCAUGCUCUUAUCAGGGGAUUGCAAUUGGAUAUUUCUUUGGCUGUAUCAUGGGCAUAUCUCGGGAAGCUUUACAUAAAAAUUGGUGAAAAUAAUUUGGCUAGUCAAGCAUUUCAUCGUGCUAGAAGUUUAGAUCCCUCCUUAGCAUUACCAUGGGCUGGCAUGUCAGUAGCUUCGCAUGACCGGAACUAUUCCCUGAGUGAAGCUUAUGAAAGUUGCCUAAGAGCUGUGCAGAUUAUGCCUGUUGCAGAGUUUCAGAUUGGUCUUGGUCUUUCCGGUCAUUUAUCUUCUCCGCAGGUUCUCAUAUCGCUGGUUCUCCUCUUCCUUGUCGAUCUCCCGCCACUAGGCCCUUCAUGUGUUGUUUUCAGCCUUGGCUUCCCUGCAGGCUUUCCCGUCACCAAUUUUUUGAGGCUUGCUGCCACUGAUCCUUCCGAUAAUGUGUUCCAAUUCCUGGCCGGCCUAAACAAGGUUUUCGAUGAAGUUCGAGGCCGUAUUCUUGGUUGGGAUCCCGUUCAACUCGAGCAUCAUUCUCCGACAUUCAUCGAAAUCAGGAGACUUGUCAUGCUCUGCAUCUUCACUCCUUCAGCCGAACCUUUCGCCUUGGUCUCUCUUUCAGGCCAUCGUUGGCCAAUCACUCCACGUGUGAUUUCUGUCACAAACCCCACCAUACCUGUGACAAGUGUUGCAAGCUCCACUGUCAAUUCUUCACGACAUAUUCUCCGUGCUCUGAGAGAGAUUGAAAAUUGCCGACACUCCUGUAAUUCCAUUGCGGAUUGUCAUUCUGGGAGGAUGAUUGAAACUGCUAAGCAGGUAGUCGAGCUCUACUUCUUCCAAGGGAAAUGCAUUGCUGACGAGGAUACUCCAUCUAGUGGUCUUGGAAUCCACUCCAGCUGGCAUAUGCAGUACUACAAUCAACUUGAGUGGAUUACUCCUGCUCCGAAUGAGAAGGUGAGUUCUACCAUUGAGGGUGCCUUGGAUACAAGUUCAAAACCUCAUAAGAGCUCAAUAGUAAAAUCAAUUUCUCGCACUGGUGGAAGCCUUGGAGGGCUAGUGUUGAACAAACAGAACCUGAGAGCAAUAUGUGGGGUAGAAGAAUUGGUUUUUACUGCAAUAAAACAUUCUAUUCAACAUUCACCAGACUAUCCGGAAUCACAUAAUGUACAUGGGCUAAUCUGCGAAGCCUGUUCAGAUUAUGAAUCUGCAAUAUCUGCAUAUAGGCUGGCAAAGUCUGUCCUCAAGAUUUCUCAAGUCUCACAGGAAUCUGUUAAAUCUUGUUUAAAUGAUGUUUCUGUAAAUCUUGCCAGAGCACUGUGCCAGGCAGGGCAUAUGCUUGACGCAGAACGGGAGUGUGAAGCUUUGGAUAAAGAUGGUAUGCUUGAUUACAAAGGCUUGCAAAUUUAUGCUGUUGCAUUAUGGAAACUGGGGAAGAAAGACCAAGCUCUCCAUGUGGCAAGAAAUUUGGCUAAGAAUGUAUCAACCAUGGUGAGGUCUUCUUGUGCUGCUGCCACUGGCUUGAUAAUCCAGUUGAUAUAUCAUAUUUCUGGACUGGAAUCUGCUAUUUCAACUAUUUCAAAAUUGCCUACGGAAUACUUGAUUGGAGUAAAAAUGAGUCUGAUUACUUCUGCAGUUAAUGCUUUAGAUCCAAAUAAUCGGUUACAGUUGCUUCUUCAAACUAAUCUUCGUCCUUUUCAUGCUUAUGAUUUGGUUGUGGAAAUGCAUACCAUAACAGCUAUGAGUAAAAUGAUCCAGAAUGAUUCAGAGCGGUCUCUUGACAUUCACAGUGGCAUUAAAUACCUGAGGAAAGCUCUACGUCUGUAUCCUGACAGUCGAUUACUAAGAAACCAUCUUGGAUCACUUGUGCUAUGUUCGGAAGUAUGGUUGGCUUCACAUAUAGCACCGAGAUGCACUGUUUUGUCGACAGGAAUACCUUUAAGGACUAGCUUAAAAUCACCAUUUGAAAUCCAUGGUGCAGCCGGAGUUGCUUGUUAUGCUAGCUGUGUAACAAGACCAAAGUUUUCUUUCCCUUCCUGCAAAUCAGCCUAUGCAUGGGUCUCCUUAUUGUAAUUACCUAAAUGCUAUUUUUUAUGUUUCAGAAGUUUGCAUCAAGAACCAUGGAACCAUGAGGCACGGUACCUUCUCAUACUUAAUCUUCUGCAGAGAGCUCGUGAAGAAAAGUUUCCCCGACAUCUUUGUAUUGCUUUGAAACGUUUGAUUGCCAUUUCCCUCUAUGAUGAAACGUCUAUAAUGAAUGAAAUAAGCAAGUAUCAGAGGUUCCUACUUAUAUUAUCUGCAUCAGAGAUCAGCUUACAGUGUCUGGAUUAUGCUGGCUGUACUGAUUAUGUGGCCACUGCAUUAGAACUUCUUCCAUCCAAUGACAAUUCCUUCUUUGCACACUUGCAACUGUGUCGUCUCUAUGCAGCACAGGAAUCUUUAACAAACCUGAGGAAUGAGUAUAUGAACUGUUCAAAGUUUAAGACACUCAAUCAGACUGGUUGGCUUUCCUUGAAAUACCUUGAAUCCAGGUAUAAAUUGCAGAGCGGUUAUAACACAGUUGAUGUGAAUUUUAAGGCAUGCUUCACAGCAGAACUUAGUUCUUCUAACAUGUGGAUGGCUGUCUUUGGAUUUAUAUCUGCACUAUGCUUCAUAUGGGAUCAGGAUUUUGUCAGUGCCGAACAAGCUUUAGUACAAGCAUGUAGCAUUUCCAAGGCUGAAAGCUGCUUUUUUCUUGCGCAUGGUGCCGUGUGCAUGGAACUUGCUAGGCAACAGAUGGGUUUGCAGUUCUUAUCGCGUGCUAUACAAAGUCUGGUCAAGGCCCAGGUGACUUCGCAGUUUCCUUUACCCAUUCUUUCAGCAUUAUUAGGUCAAGUAGAAGGAAGCGUUGGAGCCAAGGCCAGGUGGGAAAGAAAUCUACGUCUUGAAUGGUUCUCUUGGCCAGCAGAAAUGAGGCCUGCCGAAUUGUACUUCCAGAUGCACAUCCUUGCAAGACAAUCUACCGCAGCUUUUGACCAGCAAACAAACAUAGAAUCAUACCAGACCCCUGAGAGAUGGGUUCUUCGAGCAGUACAUUUGAAUCCUUCUUGUUUAAGGUACUGGAAAGUUUUGCAGAAGCUCUCUAUUAAAUCAUGACAUUUCCCCUCUAGCUUCCUUCAUGUAACUCAGGCAAUUGUUAAUUAUCGUCCUAUUCGUUUAAAAUGUAAAUGCCGCUGGGGUCGGAGAAGUGAACCUCAUAUGAUCGUCGCUGAACCUUCCAGUGAAUCUUUUUGAGAAUUUUGUCCAAAGUUAGAUAAUACAGAGCCGUUCUGUUAUAUAUGUGCGGCCGGUGCAUUUCUCCUGCAUCUACAAAGGUUAAAAUUUUGUAAUGACUUGAUUUCGGAGAAAAUUAUCAUGUUAUCUCUUUUUUUGUUUUUUGCAGUAUAUGAGACUGAAUGUUAUAAUUGGAUGAUGGAAAC